AUGGAAACUUUAUUUUCGCUUUACUGUUUCUUAAUUCUAAAUUGCGUGGACUCUACACAGCGAAACUUUCGAAUAGUCGUUGAUCGUAUCAGCACUAAGAUUUUCGAUACUAAUACCAUCGAAACUUUGGGUUGCCAAGUCGAUCAAAGUAAUAAUUGCAGCUUUGUUAAUUGUCAUAUGCUGCUAAAUCUUCAAGUCAACAAAUUGGAUGCUCGAAACGUACUGGAUUUCGUUAAACCAAAUGGUCAAGAAAUGAAGUUAUACGACGGUCGAUCAGAUGCCUGCAUCCUACUCAAAAAAAAUCGUUUAGUGAACAUAUAUUCCAAAUCAUUUAAAAGAUUUUCUAAUUUGAAGUGUCCCCUCAAAGCGAACUUCAACUAUACCAUGAAAAAUCUUUAUAUGGACGAGCAAGAUUUUCCCUCAUUCGUGCCGUAUGGAACUUUCCAAUCCAUAGCCCAAUUUGAUCUUAAUCAAACUUUUAUAGCAUCACGAGUUAUUGCCAGCGGAAAAGUUAUACCCAGGCUCUAAAUAUAUUUACACUUAAGAAAAGAAAUUCUUAAGCUGAAAUAAAAACAUAAAUAAACCCUAAUAAUUUGAAUAUUAUGGCUCAUUAGAUGUUCAUGUGGAAAAAAUAUGGAACAAGCUAAUAAUUAUUUGGAGUAAUAUUUUGUGUGAAACGAAUUAGCGGUGCAAUUAAAAACGUAUCAAAAACUCAUUAUUUCUACGCCUUUGACAAAAUCACAAUGGUUUCAC